AUUGGGUGUGAAACGAACCAACUGGAACAUGCGAUGAUGAGUUCUGGAAAGACCAUUCUCUUUUCCAUUUUCUACGUCGUAACAAACAGUGAGUUUCCAAUCUUACUAAUUACUAGUCAGGUUACUCGUGACUUGAUCAAAUGGACUAUUCUACGUGAGCGGACUCUCUAACAAACGGUAUGAAGUUAUCAAAAUCUCCAUUCAUCAAGACAAACCCUAAAUGUCGACCUCGCCUGAUCCAUUAAGAGUGCUUUAUUUUGCUUCUCAUGCAGUCGGAGUUAUAUCUGUCAUCGGAUCAUUUCAUCAGUCAUUGUAGAUUAUGCUUGCUCGCUAUAAGUGCCGCAGAAAACCCGCACUUCUUCGAAAUCCCUACAAGACUGCAAUUGUUUUUCAACAAUAAGUGGCACUGCGAGAUCUAAUUACAAACCAAUCUGAAAAUAGCAUUCUUUGGGAAUAUUUUGUACUCCCUGAAAUAAACUAUCGUUGAAAUCAUUGCUACAUGUUCAAAACAGGGUCAGGGUAAACCAGGUUAAAUGAGCAGAUAUUGUAUUUUAUAUGCAUUAAUGAUGCAGUUUUGAGCAGCUGCAACAUUAUUACUCAUGUAUGAUGCUUAGUCAGGGUAAAAAUUACCUUUAGAACGUGAAAUUCGGAUAAUUUGAAUUGAAUAUUAAUCUAACACACUCCGGAAUUAAUACUCAGUCAGCUUCAUACAUUCAAAAUUUGGCUAGAGGCCAUAGCAAGUGGUUAUUUGAACCCCUGCAUUUAUUUACAGAUUGCUUUCCUCGUCUCCCCUUUGAAUAUAUACUACUUGAUUAGAUUUCGAGAAAAAAACUCUAUAAACCAUUCGACGUCUCUAUAAAUCAUUACAAUAGAGAAUAACAAUGCGUCUCUCAUACUUAUAGACACGUUAACGACAACGAGUCCGUUGGAAGCUUUGAAGUGAAAAAUUUGCUGAACGUUUCAUGGCAACUGUGCGCGGGGUCGCGUUAAGGCAUAGUGUUGUUACUUUCCGUAGUGCAGACUUUCUUAAACAUCUAGAUCUCACCAUAGACGAAAGCUCCCCAUAAUUUAAUAUGCUUUAAGAUCUACUCAAUUCAAAUUAUUGUUGUUAUGCAUGCGGUUUCUGAAAUUUAUUCAGGGUGGACAAUGACAUGGACUUGGCAUGGAUGACUGCUCCAUAACUUCCGUUCUGCGCUGCUGUUUCUCUCUUGUAGAACGCAAUGUUUCCUUUUGGAACAAAGGGGAACAAAAUAACAUGUUUAAAUGAUUGAGAAGCUUUAGAAUUUCACUCGUAAAGCCCACGUUAGAUGAAUACUCAUCAAACGACUUAUCUCAGCGGUUGAGUCAUUGCUUGAGUGGACAUGUUGCUUCAUAUUGUUUGCAACAAUCAGCUCAAUUAUUGUCUUCUGAAUAUAUGAAAAAGCAAUGUAGAAACUUUGUGAGCUCUUUUUGAGGCACAUAGCGUACCUUUACUUAUGAAAAAAAUAUAUUUUUCCAGCCGUUUUAAACUGAAACCUUUGAGUUUGAAUUUCCUUGUUUCAUAUUUAUGGAGUGUCCAAAAAGAAUAUUUGAAGCUAUAGAUUCCUUACUCCGAGUUUUCGGUUAACCAUUUAACUCUUAGAUCAAUUCGUAAUUCUCCUUACUGUAAACCAUACAAGUCUUGUAAUGUUAGUUCAGCGAAUUUAGUAUUGGAUCAACCAAUUAUCCCCAAAGUGAUAUUUUUCCUUAUUCUCAUUACUUAUCUGGUUGAUGUUGUAUUGAUAUUGUAAGUAUAUAUUCUUGUUUGGUCACUCAAGGGUGUUAAAGAGUUAACGUUAAAUUGCUUGCUUUUGGCUAUUAUAAAAUAUAUGUUCGAGUGAUGGUGCUUUGUUUUGCUUUACUGUCAUUGAAGAGCUAAAUUUUAAUGGAAACAAGGAUGGAUCGCAAAAGUCAGAUAAACCUUUGAGAGACAAAAAAUAGGCUUUGACAACUAAUUCUCUGCAUCGUUUACAGCCAUUCCUUGCGGCCAGAUUACAAAGAGCAGAUGCAUUUCUGUAAUUACAAGUUCAGUUAUAUCUAUUAUUCAGAACCAUCUUAAAACUGCAAGUAGGAUGUUCUAAAAUUGGGGCUCAACUUUAAAAUCCCCUUGCAAUGUGACUGUAAUAAAAUCGGAGGCAGUAAGGACCAACAAUCUGAAAAAAUUAUACCAAUAAAAAUCGACGUUGAAGGUAACGUGUACCUGGGACGCAUCUUUCCUGAGCGUAAAGUUCUUUUACUUUAAUGUCUGCGUUUUAAAUUUCGAUGACGCAAAUGACGCAAAGUUUAUCAAGGUAACUGAUUUGUUUGAAUUUCUUCUUUGUAGUUUUGAUAUCUUGUACCCUGCUGACUAGCGCUGAACACAGUAAGUAAACAGAUCUCGUUCAACAACUGCCUGUGCAUCUUGGAAAGUAUUAUUUUCAGAAUUUUCUGAAUGGAAGCUACAUAUUUGUUUGCUUUUUAUUUUGUUGUUGUUUUGUUUUAUGUUUUAUUAUCUUUUUGAAGGAAACCUUUCCAUUGCAUUAGGCUUGCUGAUAGAGCCUGGAUCAAUUACAUAUUGAUCUUUCCCGUUGCUCAUAUCAUAUCUUAAACCAUAAAUUUAGUUGUAUAUAUUAGAUCUAUAUUCUAAGAAAUAUUUAUCAAAACUGGACUGGGGCUUUUUCCAUUUUUCGAUCCCUAUAACUUCGUGAUUUAGAUAAAAUCAACAAUUCAGUUGCUGUAUCAAUGCAUAAGAAGUAGCCCUGGGAAAAUCAAGGCAUGUGAGUUUCUAUGAUAAUCUGAACACUUGUUAUUUAUUAAGACACGUUUUUAAAAGUCACAGAAGCGAGAAAUGAUAGUCUAUCAAAAAUGUUUCAUUUUUUCCCUAGCUUGCGAGGUCAGUUUAAACCAAUCCACUGGACUGAUAGAUGUGACACAAGCAGAUUAUAAGAAUCUAUACUGCGAUUGGAAAAUUGGAAAUUUUGGAAUAACGGACGCGGUUGCACUUUUUCUAUUCGACCAAACUGCCAUUGUUUCUUGCAGGUAA